GUCUCUACAAAAAAUAAAAAAACUAGCUAGGUGUGGUGGUGUGCGCCUGUAGUCCCAGGUACUUGGGAGGCUCAACAGGAAGACUGCUUGAGACCAGGGAGUUGGGCCUGCAGUGAACCAUGGUCAUGCCCCUGCACUCCAGACAGGGUGAAGUGGGUAGUUUUUCACUUGAUCUCCUCCUUAUUGUAUCUAACGUUUAAACAAGUCUCAGACCUGGUGCAGAGGUGCAUGUACCUCCAUUGCUGGACAAGGCCUGACUUUUGCCUGCUGGUAGGGCCUCCUCGGUUCUAACCAGACUUCUGGGACCUCAUUCUCUAUCCUGGUUCCAUUUUCCACUUUGUGACUUCAUCAGUUAAAGAUCCCAUUUCAGCCACCAAAGUUGAGAGGCCCCAAGACCCAGUUCCUUUACAGAAUCAACCCUGGGGUGGCUUUAGGACUGGGCUCUUUGGAGCUCAUCCUUGGACCCACAGUGGAGCGCUGGUCUGUGCUGACAUCUUCAGAUACCAAUCAAUGGGCAUUUGGCUCCUUGCUUCCACUGACCUCUUGAGUACUUUCAACGAUCGGUGUCAAGGGUGCCCCUGCUGCUGUUUCUAGAGCAUCUCUGCAACCCACGGUGGCCUCUCCUCUCUCUGUGGGCCAUGGACAGCACAGUCCCUUCAGCCCUGGAGCUGUCCCAGCGGCUGGCACUGAACCCAAGGGAGAGCCCAAGGAGUCCGGAAGAGGAGGAGCCCCACCUGCUGAGCAGCUUGGCUGCAGUCCAGACCCCAGCCAAUGUCAUCUGGCCUUGCUAUGGCCCCCACGGCCGGCAGAAGUUCCUGGUGACCAUGAAAGGAGAAACAGUGUGCACGGGGUGUGCCACUGCCAUCCUCAGGGCCCUGGAGCUGGAGCACCCAGCGGCAUGGCUCCUCCGGGAAGCAGCCCAAACCCAGGCAGAGAAUAGUGGGGAUGGCACAGCCUUCGUGGUUCUGCUGACAGAAGCCUUGCUGGAACAGGCAGAGCAGCUGCUGAAGGCCGGCCUGCCUCGCCCGCAGCUCCGGGAGGCCUACAGCACAGCCACUGCAGAGGUCCUGGCCACACUGCCCUCCCUGGCCAUCCAGUCUCUGGGGCCUUUGGAAGAUCCGUCCUGGGCCCUCCAUUCUGUGAUGAAUACCUACACCCUGCCCCCCAUGGACCACUUGACCAAGCUGGUGGCCCAUGCCUGCUGAGCUAUCAAGGAGCUAGACGGCAGCUUCAAGCCUGAGCGUGUUGGGGUGUGCGCGCUGCACGGGGGGACACUGGAGGAUUCCUGCCUCCUCCAGGGGUUAGCAAUAUCUGGGAAGCUCUGUGGGCAAAUGGCCGCAGUGUUAAGUGGUGCCAGGGUGGCUCUCUUUGCUUGCCCCUUUGGUCCUGCCCAUCCAAAUGCACCAGCAACGGCCUGUCUUUCUAGUCCUGCUGAUCUAGCUCAAUUUAGUAAAGGAAGCAACCAAUUACUAGAAAAGCAAGUAGGCCAGCUGGCAGCCGCGGGAAUUAAUGUGGCAGUGGUGUUGGGGGAGGUCGACGAGGAGACCCUCACUGCGGACAAGUAUGGCAUCGUGGUGAUUCAAGCUAGGUCUCGGAUGGAGAUCAUUUACCUGAGUGAGGUGUUGGACACACCUCUGCUGCCUCGUCUGCUCCCUCCCCAGAGGCCAGGCAAGUGCCAGAGGGUUUACAGGCAGGAGCUGGGAGAUGGUUUGGCUGUGGUAUUUGAAUGGGAAUGUACAGGCACACCUGCCCUCACCGUGGUUCUCAGGGGAGCCACCACCCAGGGGCUGCAGAGUGCAGAGCAGGCCGUCUACCAUGGCAUUGAUGCCUAUUUCCAGCUAUGUCAAGAUCCCAGACUGAUCCCAGGAGCUGGGGCCACAGAAAUGGCUUUGGCAAAAAUGCUCUCUGAUAAAGGAAGCAGAUUGGAAGGGCCCAGUGGGCCUGCAUUCCUAGCAUUUGCCCGGGCCCUGAAGUAUCUUCCUAAAACCUUGGCAGAGAAUGCAGGCUUAGCUGUCUCAGACGUGGGGGCAGAAAUGAGUGGAGUGCACCAAGGUGGGAACCUCCUAAUGGGUGUGGGAGCUGAAGGGAUAAUAAAUGUGGCCCAGGAAGGGGUGUGGGACACCCUAAUAGUCAAAGCCCAAGGAUUUCGAGCAGUGGCUGAGGUGGUGCUACAGCUCGUGACUGUAGAUGAAAUCGUAGUGGCCAAGAAAAGUCCCACACAUCAGCAGAUCUGGAAUCCUGACUCUAAGAAGACAAAGAAACGCCCACCUCCUGUCGAAAAAAAAAAAAUCCUUGGAAUGAAUAACUGGUGAUACCCUCAAUAAAACAGGGAUUACCAAGAAGGGAACAAUCACCCCAAAAAUGAAUGUUUGCCUUUAUUCCAUGUUUGGUACUUGAUUCAGUUUCUUUAAAUAAAAACAUGAAGGAACAUAAAAUUUCUUUUCAUGUG